AAAACAUGGGAGACAAAAAAUCGGCACACGCUCGCAUCGCUCACUUAGAGACAAGCAGCGUAGCACUGUACUGCUGCAAUAAUCGCUGCGGAACAGCUGUCCAAAAAUCACCAGUCAACUACACGCGCAACAAGUGAAACACUAUGUCAGCCGAGGCCACCACCGCCGACCCGGCAGAGCUCUACCAGCUCGAGGAGCAGGUGGGCCGAGGCUCCUUCGGCGUCGUACACAGAGCAAGAGUAAAAGGCACGAAGGACCAAGUAGCGAUAAAAAUAGUGGACCUCGAGGCGGACGUCAGCGAACUAGAGGCGGUCAAGAGUGAAGUGGAGACGAUGGCGUCGGCGACGGCUUGUCCACAAUUAGUAAGGUAUCUCGGCUGCCACAUGGUGUCGAAUCGGCUCUGGAUCGUCACGGAGUACCUUGGGGGUGGUUCGCUCGGUGAUCUGAUGACCAAGACGAAGAGACCUUUGCCAGAAGAAGCGGUGCGAGGCGUGCUAGGCGAGAUCCUGCGAGGUUUAGCAUUCCUCCACGCGCAAAGACGCUUACAUAGGGACGUCAAGGGCAAGAACGUGUUGGUCGCGGAGGACGGGUCGGUCAAGCUUGCCGACUUUGGCGUCGCGACGCGACUGACGGACACGACGACGAAACGUCGAAGCUUGAUAGGCACGCCCUACUGGAUGGCUCCGGAAGUCAUCGAGCAGUCGCGGUACGACGGGGCCGCGGAUGUUUGGAGUGUUGGUAUUACAGCUAUAGAACUGGCCACAACAAAACCUCCUCACUCAGCUUUACAUCCGAUGAAGGUCUUGUUUGUCGUGCCGAAGGCGGCGCCACCCACGCUGGAAGGCGAAUUUAGUGAUCAAUUCAAGGCGUUUGUGGCGCGAUGCGUCGCCAAGGACGCGUCGGAUCGGCCUCCUGCGGAUGAGCUACUCAGGGACCCUUGGAUUGUUGAUGGUGAUUUCGCGGGGUCGUCCAAACCAUUACUGGCCUCGCUAGUAGCCGAGGCGGCCGCAUCCGCGCCGCCGCCGCCGCCGCCCUCGUCGAGGUCGCCGACGCCCUCGCCACUCAUAACGCCGGCGGCGUCGCCCCACACGCCGCGCACGCCGGCGUCACUCUCGCAGUACGCGCGCUCGCCCGCGUCGCUCCCGUCCGUGUCGGCGUCGCCGCGGCGGCCGGGCCGCUCGCGGGCCUUCCGCCAGGUCGUCGCGCCGGCGAUCGCCGCGGCCGCGCGCCACGCCAUCCGCGGCGGCGACCGGCGGCGGCCCGCGGCGGCGGCGCUCGACGACCUCUGCAAGGCGCUCGAGCGCGUCGACGGCGCGCUCGAGGGCGGCCGCCUCACGGCGGCCUUCGCCGUCGCGCUCGCGGACGCGCUCGAGCGCCACCGCGGGUCGCUGGACCUGGAGGGGCUGACGGCGACGAACGCAACGUCGCCGCCGCCGCCGCCGAGGCCGUAA